AUGUCUUCUUCACACCCGCCUGCAACGUCGAGUAAUGCGAUUGCGAUCCCUAGGCGGAAAUCCAAAGUCCAUGGAGCGGGCAAUGCGGGCGGAUCAUCCGGAGACAGCUUCCAGAAGUACGGCAGCUUCAGCUCAGGCUCGCCGUCCUCUGCGCCGUCCUCGAUUCCGAAUGCGAGUGGGCGGAGGAGGGAGAGCUUGAUGUCUGCAUCAUUCUCGCAAGUCGAACACACCGUCAUCAACGUCGGCGAAGAAGAGCGGCCGCGGCUCAUCUCCUACGCCGAUUACCACUUCGAUAACGAUCUCGAGACAAGGAGGGAUCCGGUUACGGAUAUCAUUGUUACGGACGAGGAGAUUGGAAAGAUGUUCCCUGAAUAA